AUGGUGAUAAGGUUAUGGAAGUAUCCAUUAAUCAAAACAUGUAUUGCUGGUGGAUUGGGAUCUUUAGCGUUUGGUAUGAUAGAUUCGGUUGAUUCGUGUCCUAUGCUGGAUGACAAUGAGAAAUGGAGGAAAUAUCGGUCAGAUUUCUAUGAAUUUUAUUUCAAAUUUGUGGAUAUUGUCGGCAAACGUCACUACAUCGAAGAACAAUAUCAGCAGAACAUACCCAAUGGAUCCUAUCUAAGAUGUGCGAUUGAUUCGUUAGAAAAGGCUCAUCAAAUUAUUAGGUUUGAUAGUGAUGAUAGAUUACGAAGAAAGAUUUUGCGCAAGGCUCAUCGUUACGCAAUCAAAGCAGUUACUGUUGAGCAAAAUGAAGAUUUGCGAGUUGAAAGUCAUAAAUGGUAUGGUCUUAUUAUGUUGAAAAGAGCCAAAUACGGAAACAAAGAAAAACGAUUACUGAAAUCAAUUAACGAGCUUGAAAAAGCAUUGGUUAUUGACAGCAUAGAUCCACAAAUUUGGUAUUAUUUAGGUAUUGCAAAUUAUGAGCUUGGUGAGUAUCAAAAUGCUGUCGAAUGUCAUUUACGGGCAAUGAAACUGAAAGUUAGUUAG